AUGAUGGUCGGUUGGCGUUUCCCCGAUCUCCAAUCCGCGGGAAUCGAAGCCCAACGAAUCAGCUACGAGCUCGCGAGCCGUUCUCUUCGCUACAAUGGCGUUUCCGAUCGAAUGAAACUCUAUCAUGGCGAUCUCCGAAAUCGGGACAUUCUUCCUGCAAAGUCCCAAUUCGACAUCAUAACUGGGACACCUCCCUAUUUUAAGGCGGGAGAAGGCGCGCUGUCGUCGAAAGUGGAUCAAAAAGCGUGUUUGUUUGAAUUCCGAGGUGGAGUGGAGGACUAUGUCGAAGCAGCCCAUGGUUAUUUAGCGGAUGGAGGGCAUUUUGUGGUGGUGGAGAGCGCGCUGGGGAAGGAGAGGUUCGAUCAGGCCGCGUGGAUGCAUCACAUGCAGAUCGUGGAGAGGUGGGACUUCGUGCCAAAAGAAGGAAAGCCGCCACUGUUUUCGAUUGCUGAUAUGAUCAAGAGAGAAGGAGAGGAGAUGAAAAAGUAUGAGGUGAAGACGGUCGUAAUUCGCGAUAAAGAUGGAAAUUACACUCCCGAAUAUCAGAAACUGCUUGUAGAAAUGGGAUUUCCUCCUCGAAGCGAGAUUUAG